GACACUGAAGUGAAAUCGAUGGCCUCCAGGGCGAGCAUCUCCUCAAGCGUGAAGAUGAGAGAAGCCGAGGUGAAGCGGCAGCUUGCUAGGAUGAAGGUAGUACAGCUACAGAGAGAACAUAAACUAAAACGAGAACAGUUUGAACUCAACGAAAAACUUGAUAGACUCAAGAUUGAAAAUGAACUUGAGAACGCCGAAGCUGAAGCAAAAUUGUGGCAAGAACAUGAAAUAAAGCCACAAGAACUGUUACAAAUUCCAGAAGGUCAAACUCAGCAAAGAACUGCUGAAUGGUGUACAGGGAAUGUUGUACCGGUAGAUAUUUGUAAUGAGAAUCAGGAUGUUACUUCCCAAAGAGUGUUGGGUGAACAUACAAUGCCAAAUGCAUAUACAUGUAAUAAGAAUGUAAAUUCUGUAGAACAUAAUUUGUCAGAGAUGAUGAUGGCAAUGCACCUGCCCAAACCUGAUAUGACUUGUUUUUCCGGUAACCCUAUUGAUUAUUGGAGCUUUUGGAGGCUAUAGAGAAUUGUAUUUUGUUACAUCCCGAUACUGGAUAUUCAAGAGCUCGUAGCAUCCUACAAGAUCAAUUCGGACAGAACUACAUAGUAGCGAAGGCACACGUCGAUAAGGUGAUCUGCCGAGCCAACCUGCGCCCAAGUGACAGUCAGGCCUUAUGGGAUCUGGCCAGAGAUAUGAGGAGAUGUCAAAUGUCCACAUCACAGAUGGGUUAUUCAGCGGACAUGAGCUCAACGGACACACUGCUUAAGAUACAGAGCCUUCUGCCUGUUCACCUACAAGCCAGGUGGGCAUCUAAGGCUCACGUAGCCAUGGAGCAGUCUGUAAUUCCCAACUUUAGCCACAUGACAGACUUUAUCGAACAGGAGGCUAAGAUAGCAAGCAACGUGUUCGGGAAGAAUAUCGGACAGUCAUUCAAGUCAAGUUCAAGUGCAAAGCGACAGAAAGGGAGCGUGGGAGGCAGAGCUUCAUCCUUCGCAAUGGAAGGAGGAACUGACAGGCCUAAUAACAGAAAGGAGGCAUGUCCAUGCUGCAAGAAGGAGCACCAGUUGGAAACCUGUUUCAAGCUAAGGGACUUGCCUCAGAAGGAGAGAUUCAUCUUCCUAAAGAAGAGUGGCAUCUGUUUUAAUUGCCUUAAGAAGGCACACCUAGCAAGGAACUGUCCCUCAGACUCGACCUGUAAGAAAGAAGGAUGCAGUCUAAAAUGGAAACACCACACAUGGUUGCACUUUGAAAGGAAGGAAAGCCCCAACCAGAAGAACAAUGAAGACAGCCCAAGUCAGCAGAACGGGGCUGGAGUGACAACUGGUGUGGAAUGCCAUACAAUUAGAGGAAGAGCUGACGUACGCUUAAGAGUACUUCCUGUGAAGGUGCGUCAUGGAGCCAAGGAGGUUACGACUUGGGCACUGCUUGAUGAAGGAAGCGAUACGUCCCUUUGUGAAAAGAGACUUGCAGAGGAACUGGGAAUUGUCGGAGUCAACAAGGAAUUCAGGUUGACUACAAUCAAUGGAAUGAACACUCCAAGGAAAGGAAUGGAAGUUAGCAUGACCAUUCAAGGCUUGCAAGAAGACACUAAGAUCGAUGUGGACAGGAUGUGGACUGUUGAUGUUCUACCCAUAUCGUCCAGAAGUAUACCAUGUCAGGAAGAUGUCGAUAAGUGGCCUCAUCUUCAGGGCAUUCAACUAGUGACAGCAGGCCAAGCAAAGGUUCAGCUCCUGAUAGGAGGGGACACCCCAGAAGCAUUCUGGGUAGAAGAAGAAAGGAGGGGUCAAAAGAAAGAUCCCUAUGCGAUCAGAACGCCUUUGGGGUGGACGUUUAUUGGACCUGCAUCAAGCUCAAGUCACAGAAACUCGUACGAAAUUCACCACAUCUCAGCUGAGGAGCUUCAAAAUCAAGUGAAGCGGUUUUGGGAGAUGGACUCUGGUCCAGGAGAUGAAAGAGUUGGUGAAUCAGUAGAAGAUGUCGACACCCUCAGGAACUCAGCAGAUGAUGGUUCACAGGGUAUCCCUGCAAGAAGCCUGGAUAGAUGGCUUACAGGACCUGAGUUCUUGUUACAAGAAAAGGAAGUCUGGCCGGAAGAUCCAGCAAGUUUGAAGAAGGAAGAUGUACCAGAACUUGAUCUUCAGAAUGACAGUGAGGUGAAGAAAACUCAUGUCUACGCUACCAGCUCACAUGACGAGAUAGAUGAUCUAAUGACAAGGUACUCAUCAUGGGAUCGUCUGAAGCGAGGAAUUGCAUGGCUACUACGGUACAAGCAAUACUUGCGGUCCAAAGGAACGGGCAACUUGGCAGAAAGAGGAAGCUUGACAGUUCAGGAAUUGAACAAUGCAGAGGUCGAAGUAAUCAAACACGUACAGAGACGCUCAUUUCCUGAUGAGUACGUGAAGGGGAUAGAGAAGAAAACCAGAAAACAAGGAAAUCCCCUUGAGAAGCUGAAUCCUGUCAUGGUUGACGGACUGCUACGAGUAGGAGGGAGAUUAAGCAAGGCUCCUAUUCUGAAUGACGAGAAACAUCCAAUGAUUCUUCCCAACGAUCACCACGUUACCAAGCUUCUAGUGGUUCAUCAUCAUCAGAAGGUUGGACACUGUGGUAUGGGUUCGACAUGGACCUCUCUCAGAGAAAGAUUUUGGAUCAACAAGGGAGGUGCUACAGUCCGUCACACCAUAGGUAACUGCUUCAAAUGCAGGAAGCGUAAUGCUUCAAGAGGUCAGCAAUUCAUGGCUGAUUUGCCGGAAGAGAGAGUUACUCCGGGAGAACCACCUUUUACGAAUACAGGGCUUGAUUACUUUGGCCCAUUCCCGACGAAGCAUGGUCGCAGUACACAGAAGAGGUAUGGAUGUAUCUUUACAUGUUUAUCUACCAGGGCAGUGCAUCUUGAGAUGGCUUAUAGCUUGGAGACUGACUCAUUCAUACAAACACUGCGUCGCUUCAUCAACCGUAGAGGUCAACCCAAGGCUAUAUUCAGUGACAAUGGCACCAAUUUCAAGGGGGGUCAGAAGGAGCUAAAGGAUGCUCUUGCAGGGCUGAAUUCCGAGAGAGUGAACCGAUACCUCACACAGAAGGGCAUUGCAUGGCACUUCAACCCGCCAGGAGCAAGCCACAUGGGAGGUGUAUGGGAGAGGAUCAUACGGUCAGUGAGGAAAAUCUUGACCAGUCUCCCACAGCAGACGCUUACAGACGAAGCGCUACUUACCCUCUUCACAGAAGUAGAGGCAAUAUUGAAUGGAAGGCCUCUUACUCACCUGAGCAUGGACUCCAGAGAUGAUGAGCCAUUGACCCCGAAUCAUUUGUUGUUGCUUCGUAAGAACCCAAGUCUGCCACCAGGGAUCUUUGUGAAAGAAGACUGCCAUCUACGGAGACACUGGCGCCAAGUCCAGUACCUAGCAGGGCAGUUUUGGACCCGAUGGGUCAAGGAAUACUUACCCCUGUUGCAGCAACGUCAGAAAUGGACUAGACCAAACAGAAACUUUGAAGUCGACGAUCUGGUUCUAGUGGUCAACGAAAGUACCCCUCGUGGACAGUGGCCCAUCGGAAGAGUGUUAACGACCUAUCCAGACAAGCGUGGACUUGUAAGACAAGUAGAGGUUCGAGUAGGGCCUCGAUAUUACAAGAGGCCAAUUUCAAAGCUGUGCCUCUUGGAAGCCAAUGUAGAGGCUUCUUCCUAAACACAACGAAGGUUGUUAUAUAUGAUGUGAAACAUUUAUAUGUUAUUGUUCAAAGAAUUUCUAACAUUACUAACUUGCAUGUAUGUCACAGUUUGAAUUGUUUAUGCAAACAGUUUUGACAAGAUUUGUGAAAGUUAAAUGGAUGUUUGUUUUUGCUUACAGAUAUUUUACAGGUAUCGUCAUUGCGUUAAUGCAUACCAAAUGUUACUGUAAUUCAUUCAUAGUUUAAUGCAUGCCGCUUUAUGGUAAUGUAGAAAAUGAUUUAAGGAUAGGUAACUCAUUUGGGGCCGGAAUGUAGCGGCGCGAAACUUGUAUAGCGCCAUCUGUGGCGUUAAGAAAAUUUGUGCAACAGAAAGCCUAGUCAAAGGCAUCAGACUUGAUGUUUGUUACCAUAGAAUUCAUGACUUUGCUCCGGAUGAACAAAUAGUUGUGAACCGCUAAUUGGAUUGCUGAUUUGCUAAUGAUGAUGAUUCGCUAUUUGGAUUGCUGAUGAUGAUUCUCUAAUUGGAUUGCUGAAUCGCUAAAUGAAGAUGACUUGUUACAAAAGAACCGAAUAAAAGAAAAAUAAGAACUCAACAAGUCGUUUGCAACGUUUCCUUUAUUGGCGCGUUCACA